AUGGCGGCGGCCCCGGCGGGCGGGCGGUGGGAGGUGGUGCGGAAGGGCCGGAGGGCACCGGGGGGCACCGGCAGCCGCCGCGCCCUGGGCGAGGCCAACGCCGGACGGACGCUGCCCCUCGGCGCGCCCAUCGCCACCUCCGGCACCAUCUUCGAGCUGGGCUUCGAGCGGCCGCUGAAGAAGCAGAACAAGGAGCAGGUGCCCCCCGCCGCCGCCGCCCCGCCGCCCCGCCGGCACCACGCCGCCAGGACCGCCAAGAAGCCCCCGGCCAACGGCGCCGGCCUCAAGCCCGGCAAAUGCCGCUCCCUGGAGGAAGCCCUGAAAGCCCUUGACCUGGCGGAUCUGCAGAAGGAGCUGGAUAAAAGCCAGAGCGUGUUCCCUGAGAAUCCCUCUGUCUGGGUGAAGGACCUGGCCGGGUACCUCAACUACAAGCUGCAGGCACCUCGCAGUGACCCCCUGCUCAGCCAGCACCCCCACGAUUACCCGUACUGCCUGCUGAGCAAACCCCUGCGCAGCAUCAUCCGCUCCCUGCUGGGGCGCGCGGCCGGGGUGCUGGAGCUCUUCUUUGACCACUGCAUCUACACCAUGCUGCAGGAGCUGGACAAGAGCCCAGGGGAGUCCUUGCACGGGUACCGUAUCUGCAUCCAGGCACUGCUGCUGGACCGGCCCCGGAUCGCCACCAUGAACCUGGGCAAGUACCUGGAGGUGCUGCGGUCCCACCAGAACCGGCCCGCCAAGUGCCUGACGGUGCUGUGGGCGCUGGGACAAGCUGGCUACACCGACCUCCACGAGGGCCUGAAAGUCUGGCUCGGUGUCAUGCUCCCGGUGCUCGGCAUCAAGGCGCUCUCCCCGUACGCCGUGGCAUACCUGGACCGCCUGCUGAGGGUGCACCCCAACCUGACCAAAGGCUUCGGCAUGAUCGGACCCAAGGACUUCUUCCCCCUCCUGGACUUUGCCUUCAUGCCCAACAACUCGCUGACACCCAGCCUGCAGGAGCAGCUGCAGCAGCUCUACCCCCGCCUGAAGGUGCUGGCGUUCGGUGCCAAGCCCGAGGUAGCUCUGCACACCUACUUCCCCUCCUUCCUCUCCCGAGCCACCCCCAGCUGCCCCCCCAGCAUGAAGAAAGAGCUCCUGACCUCCUUGAGCCAGUGCCUGAGCAUGGACCCGCUCAGCUUCAGUGUCUGGAGGCAGCUCUACACCAAGCACCUCUCCCAGUCCAGCUUGCUCCUCAACCACCUCCUGGAGUCCUGGGACAGCAGCAGCAAGAAGGUGCAGCAAGCACUGCAGGACACGGUUUGUUCCUUCAAAGUGACAAACGAGGAGCUGGCAGCGAGGGGCCCUGGGGGUGACCCAGACGUGGCCGCCUGCAAUGCUGCCUGCAAGGAGCUGCUGUGCAGGAUGAAGGGUCAGGGCUUCCCCUGGUCCCGGCUGCUCCUCCUCCUCCUCCUGCUCUGCACCACCGGGUUCCUCCUGCACGACCUCCGGACACACGGUUCAUUCCAGGCCUCCUCCUCCGCUGCUCUGCUCCGUUCCUGCGGUCUCCUGCCCGCCGGACAGAGGGUCUGGGGCUGCUGCCUGGAGGGGUACAGGUGGUUGGCACGGACACUCCCAGUCCAUGGCUCCCGGGCUGCUGCCCUCCUGCAGCCCCAGCUGGAGCAGCUCUGGGCACACAGCGGGGUGCUGGCCCGGCACGUGUCCCAGCACUGCUGCUCCCUACUCUCCUGGCUCCAGCAUGGACUGCCCAGGCUUGCGGAGUGGCUGCGGUCCUGGCUCCCCGAGUCCCUGCUGCUGGUGUCCCAGUGUGUGUGGGAGGUGCUGGUGAUGCUGGUGAGGAGCUGCCUCCUGCCCCUGCUGGAGGCCACGGCCACCACGCUGCAGCGGGGCUGGCAGACCUGGGGGGACUCCUGCGGGGGGUCCGUGUCGUGGGGCUGCGUGGGGGAGCAGCUGGCUGGGAUCACCUACUCCUCCUGGAUCUACCUGCACAACACCACCCUCACCAUCACCAACUGGGCCCUGGCUGCCAUCUCGGGACCCUGAGGAGAAACCUCCCGCCCUCGGACGGACCCGGAAUGGGGACUUUGUGCGUGGGGGGAGGGGGUGGCACUGUCUUCUUCUGGGGGAGCACACACCUCCUGCUUUUCCCACCUCGUGUCCCCUCUCUAGGUCACCCCCGGGUGUGUGACCCCGCGGGACACCCCCUGACAUUCCCACAGAUCAAUGAAGCAGACAC